GGAGAUUAUUAUGGGAUGUCUGGCCCCUGAUCUCUUUGUGUCUAUGCAAAGGGUGUAAGUGGCAGAAGGAGAAACUGCGACGUUGUGUGCAUCCUACAGCUAAGGGAAAAAUACAUAAAUAAAUAAAAGAAUCAGGAUACACUUUCACUACUUAUUCAUUAGAAACAGGGUUAUUACAAAUUGUUUUUUUUAAGUGUUGAUGAAAAGGAUCCAAUACAGCGUGGGGACAUCUUAGAUUGAACUAGCUGUUUGUUUGAAAAAGGGAACAGGUCAAGUUGUGAAGGCACCAGAGGAGGCCAAAAUCGGCAUACAAGUGUCCACAAUCCUCUCUAGCUGGUGUAAUCAGCAAUAUGUCCGGCAGUGAGGACGAUUUUGAACAUCGGCCUAUGAUGCAAGACGAGGAUGACCUGGACGAGGAGUUGUCAGAAAAUGAUGCCCCGAAGGUGAAAAAGAAGAAGAAAGCCAAAAAAAGCCGCGAGGGCAAAGGCAGCAAGAGAAAUCGCUCCCGGAGAGAGGAUAUCGGCAUCAGUUCUCCGGAGCCAGUGGAAGGCCCUGAUUUGGACGAUGGUGAAGACCAUUCGGAAAGCGAGGGUAGCGACUACACACCUGGCAGGAAAAAGAAGAAAAGAGCCAGCACCACAAAGGACAAGAAAAGAAGCAGCUCUGGUGCCGACAGAAACUCAGCAGCUUCCAAACGGAGGGAACCUGAGGAAGAGGAAGACGAGGAUGAUGACGAUGCUGAGCCGAAAAAUUCUUCUCAGCUUUUGGAUACCUGGGGUAUGGAGGACAUCGAUCAUGUCUUCACUGAGGAAGACUAUAGGACUCUGACCAACUACAAAGCCUUCAGCCAGGUCGUCAGGCCUCUGAUCGCUGCCAAGAACCCCAAAAUCGCCGUUUCCAAAAUGAUGAUGGUUCUGGGAGCGAAGUGGAGGGAGUUCAGCACUAACAACCCUCUUCGGGGUUCGGCUGCUGCCACCACAGCCCUGGCGGCCGCUAGUGCCUCUGUAUCAGUUGAAAAUGCAACAGAAAGUCCAGCCCCUGCGCCCACAGCCCAAAUCAGUGCCGAGUCCACACCAGCAGCUCCCAUACGCAAGGCCAAGACAAAAGAGGGCAAGGGGCCCAAUGCACGCAAGAAGUCCAAACCCGCACCCAAACCUCAAGAGAAGAAGGUGAAGACCAAAAAGGUUGCUCCUCUGAAGAUCAAACUAGGAGGCUUCAACAGCAAGAGGAAACGCUCAUCUAGUGAAGAGGAUGAUGUUGACGUGGACAGUGACUUUGAUGAUGGCAGUAUGAACAGUGUGUCUGUUUCGAAUGGAUCAAAUGGCCGCAGUAGUCGCAGCAGUUCUAAAAAGAAGCCCAAAAAGAAGACGAAAAAAGGUGAGGAUGGGGGUGAUGGAUAUGAGACGGAUCAUCAGGAUUACUGUGAGGUUUGUCAGCAGGGAGGAGAGAUCAUUCUCUGUGACACCUGUCCACGAGCUUAUCACAUGGUCUGCUUGGACCCUGAUAUGGAGAAGGCACCUGAGGGCACCUGGAGCUGCCCACACUGUGAGAAGAUGGGCAUCCAGUGGGAGGCUCGUGAGGACGCAUCAGACGGUGAGGAGGAUAACGAGAUGUUAGGUGAGGCAGAAGAGGAUGACCAUCACAUGGAGUUCUGCAGGGUUUGUAAAGAUGGUGGAGAGCUGCUGUGCUGUGACUCCUGCCCCUCGUCUUACCACAUCCACUGCCUUAACCCACCCUUACCCGAGAUUCCCAACGGCGAAUGGAUCUGCCCUCGCUGCACCUGUCCUACUAUGAAAGGUAAGGUGCAGAAGAUUCUGACCUGGCGCUGGAGUGAACCUCCUCCUCCGACCCCUGUGCCGCGGCCCAGUGACCUCUCUGCUGAUGCGCCUAACCCCACGCCAUUAGCUGGUCGCCCUGAAAGGGAGUUCUUCGUUAAAUGGCAGAAUAUGUCCUACUGGCACUGCUCCUGGGUUUCCGAGCUGCAGUUGGAGAUGCACUGUCAGGUAAUGUUCAGAAACUACCAGCGCAAGAAUGACAUGGACGAACCCCAACCCAUAGACUUCAGUGGUGAGGGAGAUGAGGAGAAGAGCGACAAGAGGAAGAAAAAGGACCCCACCUAUGCUCGGAUGGAGGAGAAGUACUACCGCUUCGGCAUCAAGAUGGAGUGGAUGGUGAUUCACCGCAUCCUGAACCAUAGUGUGGAUAAGAAGAAUAACUGUCACUACCUCAUCAAGUGGAGGGAUUUAACUUAUGAUCAUGCCACCUGGGAGGCAGAGGAUAUGGAUAUACCAGAGUUUGACACCUACAAACUGCAAUACUGGAACCACAGGGAGUUGAUGAUGGGUGAUGAAGGUAAACCAGGAAAGAAAAUUAAGGUCAAAGGAAAGGUGCGAAAACUGGACCGACCUCCAGAGAACCCUGUCGUGGAUCCCACUAUUAAGUUUGAGCGUCAGCCAGAGUAUCUGGACGCUACAGGCGGGACCUUGCAUCCAUACCAGCUGGAGGGGCUCAACUGGCUCCGCUUCUCCUGGGCUCAGGGAACCGACACCAUCCUGGCAGACGAGAUGGGUCUGGGAAAGACUGUGCAGACUGCUGUUUUCCUCUAUUCACUGUAUAAAGAGGGUCAUUCGAAGGGUCCAUUCCUGGUGAGUGCCCCACUCUCCACCAUCAUUAACUGGGAGCGAGAGUUUGAAAUGUGGGCCCCUGGUAUGUAUGUCGUCACAUACGUUGGUGAUAAGGACAGCAGGGCUGUCAUCAGAGAAAACGAGUUCUCCUUUGAGAACAACGCCAUCCGUGGUGGCAAGAAGCCCUCUAGGAUGAAGAAAGAAGCCUCUGUGAAGUUCCAUGUUCUCUUGACCUCCUAUGAGUUGAUCACUAUUGACACGGCUGUUCUGGGCUCCAUCGACUGGGCUUGUUUGGUUGUUGAUGAGGCCCACAGACUGAAGAAUAAUCAGUCAAAGUUUUUCAGGAUCCUCAACAACUACCCACUGCAGCAUAAGUUGUUGUUGACUGGAACUCCUCUACAGAACAACUUAGAAGAGCUUUUCCAUCUGCUCAACUUCCUCACACCAGAGAGAUUCAGUAAUCUUGAGGGUUUCUUGGAGGAAUUUGCCGACAUUGCUAAGGAGGACCAGAUCAAAAAGCUUCACGACAUGCUGGGACCACACAUGCUCAGGAGACUCAAAGCCGACGUGUUCAAGCACAUGCCUUCCAAAACAGAGCUCAUUGUCCGAGUCGAGCUCAGCCCCAUGCAGAAGAAAUAUUACAAGUUCAUCCUGACCCGCAAUUUUGAGGCUCUGAAUAUUCGUAGUGGAGGAAACCAGGUUUCUCUACUGAACGUCGUCAUGGAUCUCAAGAAGUGCUGUAAUCAUCCCUAUCUUUUCCCCGUUGCUGCUAUGGAAGCUGCCAAGAUGCCCAAUGGGAUGUAUGAGGGCAGCACCCUGACUAAAGCCUCUGGCAAACUGCUGCUACUGCAGAAGAUGCUGCAUAAACUCAAGGAGGGCGGACACAGAGUGCUCAUCUUCUCUCAGAUGACCAAAAUGUUGGACCUGCUGGAAGACUUCCUGGAGAAUGAGGGCUACAAAUAUGAGCGUAUUGACGGAAGCAUCACAGGAGGCAUGAGACAGGAAGCCAUUGACCGUUUCAAUGCUCCUGGUGCUCCCCAGUUUGUUUUCCUGCUGUCGACCAGAGCCGGUGGUUUGGGUAUCAACCUGGCGACUGCAGACACGGUCGUCAUCUAUGACUCAGACUGGAACCCUCACAAUGACAUUCAGGUAUCAGAGUUCAGGCAUCAGCAGUUGUCUCUGAUCUGUCUUCUCCCUCAGGAAGAGGAAGUUCAGAGGGAGAUCAUCAAGCAGGAGGAAAGUGUGGAUCCAGAUUACUGGGAGAAACUGCUCAGACACCAUUACGAGCAGCAGCAGGAGGAUUUGGCUCGUAAUCUGGGCAAGGGCAAGCGAAUCCGCAAACAGGUCAACUACAAUGACGGCUCUCAGGAGGACAGAGACUGGCAGGAUGAUCAAUCUGAUGGCCAAUCAGAUUAUUCUGUUGCUUCAGAGGAAGGAGACGAGGACUUUGACGAACGAACAGAAGCCAAUUCACGGCGACCCAACAGGAAAGGCCUCCGAAACGACAAAGACAAACCCCUGCCCCCCCUGCUGGCCAGAGUGAGUGGCAACAUUGAGGUGUUGGGUUUCAAUGCUCGUCAGAGGAAGGCCUUCCUGAACGCGGUGAUGCGUUAUGGGAUGCCACCUCAGGACGCCUUCACAACCCAGUGGCUGGUCAGAGACUUGCGUGGCAAAUCAGAGAAGGAGUUCAAGGCUUACGUCUCGCUUUUUAUGCGGCACUUGUGUGAGCCUGGUGCAGAUGGUUCUGAAAGCUUUGCUGAUGGCGUUCCCCGGGAGGGACUGUCACGACAACACGUCCUUACUCGUAUCGGUGUGAUGUCGUUGAUCAGAAAGAAGGUACAAGAGUUUGAGCAUGUGAACGGUCAGUGGUCAAUGCCCUGGAUGAUGGAGCUGAACGAGAAUAAAACUGCAUCCACUGCCGGCAGUCAGCCCGACUCCCCCAGCAAGACACCCUCUACUGGCACUCCAGCGGAUACUCAGCCAAACACACCUGCUCCAGAUGGUGUUUCUAAAGCAGAAGAUGGUGGAAAAGAUGGCGAUAAAGAAAAGGUGAAAAAUGGAGACGGUGAGAAGGACACAAGUGAGAAUAAAGACAAUGAAGUCAUUGCCAUCCCUGAUGAAGAUGACGACGCUUCUUCUGCUUCUGAAGACAAAGGCAAAGACGGCGAAGAGAAAGACAAAAUGCCUGAAACCUCUUCAGACGGAGACAAGGCUGAUGGGAAGCAAGAUGAGAAAGAGGAAGAGAAAGCGAAGUCUGGAGACGCUGAUGAGAAGAUCAGCGACAGCAAGCCCAAAGGAUCUGAGGCUGAGAAGGAAACCGACACCAAAGGAGAAAAGAAGGAUGAUGAUCCUGAGAAGAUGGACACUACCCCUGUUACAGAUGAGAAGAAAGGUCAGAAGGACGAGAAGGAUUCUGGUAAGACAGAGGAAGCUGGAAAACUGCAGAAUGGCGAGAGUGCCAAAGACGGCACAGCAGGAGCAGCAACAGGAGCAGCAACAGCAGCAGCAGCUGAAGAGAGGAAGAAAGCCAAAACACGGUUCAUGUUCAACAUCGCAGAUGGAGGAUUUACUGAAUUACACUCCCUGUGGCAGAAUGAGGAGCGAGCCGCUACAGUGACCAAGAAGACCAAUGAGAUCUGGCAUCGUCGCCAUGACUACUGGCUACUCUCUGGCAUCAUACAACAUGGUUAUGCUCGUUGGCAAGAUAUUCAGAAUGACGUCAGGUUCGCCAUUCUUAACGAACCCUUUAAGGGAGAGAUGAACAGAGGAAACUUCCUGGAGAUCAAGAACAAGUUUCUGGCCAGGAGAUUCAAGCUACUUGAGCAGGCUCUGGUGAUUGAAGAACAGCUGCGCAGGGCAGCGUAUCUGAACAUGACAGAAGACCACUCUCACCCCUCCAUGGCUCUCAACACACGCUUCAGUGAAGUGGAGUGUCUGGCAGAGUCCCACCAGCACCUGAGCAAAGAAUCCAUGUCCGGAAACAAACCUGCCAACGCCGUCCUACAUAAAGUACUGAAACAGCUAGAAGAGUUGCUCAGUGACAUGAAAGCAGAUGUCACUCGUCUCCCGGCGACCAUCGCCAGGAUACCGCCGGUUGCUGUGAGGCUGCAGAUGUCUGAAAGGAACAUUCUCAGCCGUUUGGCCAGCAGAGGACCAGAUACACAAUCUCAGCAGGUCCAGCAGUAGUCUGCAGCAGACGCCAGUCCUCAGAGCGCCGCGCACCAUGUCUACAUUCCUGAUUGCACAUGAAAUCUCAUCUUAGCUUGAAUCCACACCCUUGUACUGUCCGCUCAACCCUGGGGGCUGUGGAUAUUUGAGCUGUUGUUGUUUUUUAUUAUUUUCCUAAUUAAUAUUGUUUACAUAAUAUUGUUGAUGAUGGUUUUUGGGACCUCAAUAAAAAUGUUCAAUAAAAAGGUUUCUGUUCCUUUUA